AUGCUCGGAGUAACACUUCUGCCGUUACUUGCGAUGUUGAUGGUGAACCAUCCUAUAGUUUUGUCGCAAGUUGGAUCAAAUAACUCAUCAUCUACUUCGAGUGCUGCUGCAACGACGGUCGCGUCUUCGUCGGGAGCAACGGCUGCUUCGAGCACGGCUUCGUCGGGAGCAACGGCUGCUUCGAGCACGGCUUCGGCCUCAUCGGGGACGACAACUGCUGCCGGCUCGGUUUCAUCGGAGUCAACGACUGCUUCGGGCUCGGUUUCGUCGGAGUCAACGACCGCUUCGGGUGAAACAACAACUGCUUCUGAGUCCACGACCACUGCUAACCCUAGUUAG